CUCGCGCAGAGCGACGUCUCUAAUUCAGACAGCAGAGUUUGUCCGAGGGAGCGAAGACAAGUCUGAAGCAAAGAGGCCACAGAAAGGAAACAAAGGCCGGUCUCACUAUGAAGUUACCUUCAGCUCUGGCUUUUGUGUUUCUUCUCCCACUCACCUGGGCUCAGGUUCCUCACUGGGGACCGUGUCCAGAGCCGUCUGUCCAACCUGCGUUCAACCUCAAACAGUUUAUGGGCAGGUGGUUUGAAAUUGCCAAACUGCCGGCCCAGUUUGAGAAGGGCCGAUGCAUCGAGACAAACUUCACCAUGAGGACGGACAACUCCAUUCGAGUGGUCAGCUCUGAAAUACUAAAAGGAGAGCUGAGGAAAAUCGAAGGGACUGGAGUCAUAGAAGACAUGAAGAAUCCAGCCAAGCUGGGGAUAAGUUAUUCCUAUGUCCUGCCCUACUCCCCUUACUGGAUCCUGUCCACGGACUACAUGAACACGGCCCUGGUGUAUUCCUGCACAGAUAUCCUCAGGCUCUUCCACGUGGAUUUUGCUUGGAUCCUGAGCCGAACACGAACCCUGCCCGAAGCCACAGUGGAGAAAGCCAAGGAGACGUUCGCUAACAACAACAUUGACGUGAGCAGGAUGAUUGCCAGCAAGCAGCAGGGCUGUGACAAAACACUGUGAGCAGCAGGGUGGUGAAGUGCAAACGCAAGAUGUUGUUGGUGACAAGGAGGAAGAAGAUGACUGAUAUUCUGUGAUGAUUCGGGCCAGGAGGUCUAGACUCAGCUCUGUUAUUUAGUUUGUGCAACAGAACAGAGUUGAAUGUGUUUUAAAGAUGAUAUAAAUGUUUACAGCACAAAAUGACUGCAUGUAUUUACUGUGCAUUAUAGUUAGAGUUUGACGCGAUGUUGUUUUAUGUUUGACAGCACAGAUACAAUUUCACAGCCACCUUAAUUAAUUUGCACAUCAUCACUGGUUAUGAUAUUAUGAUAGAAAUGUUCUGCACUGUUUUGCCAUUGAAGCUGAAAAAUAUUUCUUUCAUUUCCUGUAAAAAGAUGUGGAAUCGAAUUAUAUUAUAUCUGAUCUGAUUAUACCAGAAACUGGAAACAUGAAACAUUGAAUUAAAGUAA